AUGCGCCCAAGCCUCGCGCGCCCAGCGCUCCGCUAUCCGACCUUAACCUCGAUUCUCCCACUCACCCAGCGCCUCCCCACACCACGCUACCAAUCCACCUCCACCUCCACCUCCACGCCCACACCCGCAACCGCCGCCCUCAGCCCACGCUGGCUCUCAGACAUCAAGUCGCGCCUGGGAAAAUGCAUAACCUUCGGGAUCGACGGCGCGCAGACGCAGGAAGCCGGGGCGAUACUGGGGGAGAUGGCGGCAGACUGGCGGGAUCUACAUGGUCAUGUCAAUAAUGUCAUGUAUAACCGCUACGCCGAGUCUGCCCGCGUCAAUUGGGCGAUCAACUACGCUGCGAGCGACCCCGCGAAUAGGAAGGAGUGGAAUGAACUCAUGACGCCAAAGGGUGUGGGGCUGAUUCUUCGGAGCAUCAAGACGGACUACAAGUUUCCAAUGAAGUGGCCGGACAGGAUAACAGUCCUGCACAAACUCCGCGAGAGGCCACAGGAAGACGCUGACCACUUCAUUCUGGACGUCGUCAUACUCUCGGAAGCACAGCGCCGUCCAGCAGCCCGCUGCGUCGAGGACAUAGUAGUCUACGACUACAACAAAGCACGCAAAUCCCCACUGAAGCCCUUCAUGAUAGAAAAGUUCCGCGAGACUUUCGACCUGCAGGAGCAGGCCAAGGAGAAAUACAGCAAUCGCGUCAGAAGCCUGCUUGAGCGGGUGCGCGAGCUGGAGAAGAGCAGCUGGGACAAUGCAGACGCGAAAGAGGAUUUCGGCAGUGCAGCGAAGGCAUAGGGUAGAGAAAUCUUGUUUUUAAAGAUAGGUAAUCUAGGUAUUUGGAUGCAAAGCGUGCCGUAAUCCUUGCCGAGGGGGCGGUUCCCACUUACCGUCCGCUCAUGGCGUUUG